GGUUUCUAGUGGGUCACCUAGUUAGGGUCUGUAGGUUAAAGAUGGGAAACUCAGGGCUACAGGUGGGGUCCCUCCCAUGCAGGGUGAGGAGGUGGCAGGCCUCUAGCUACCUAUGCACCCCGAAAGCCCAGACAAGGAGACACAGCAUGUAAUUCACUACCUAUGCACCCAGAAAGCCCACACAAGGAGACACAGCAUGCAAAUUCACUUUUUUAUCCAACCUCACACCUAGGAAUUAGGAAGAAUAUCUGAAGAAGUCAAAAGAAGCAACCGUAAGAAAGAUGUCGCCUCGGAGGGGUGUGGAGAACCCAGGAGUCCAGAGUAGGCUCAGAGAGGGGGCAGGCCUGCCACUUGGGUUAAAGGGGAAAAAGAGUAAUUGAAUGAAUGUAAUCGUGCAGAGAAUGACUUAUUAGGAAGUGGGGAAUAGAUCCCUAAACUCCGACUAGUCCCUUAUUUUUUAUGAGACUCUAUAUAGAGAGGGUGCAGAGGUGAAGGGACAUCAUUAAAGAUUGUGAUCUGGGGUACAAAUGACAAAAUACUGUCCCUGUAACACUGAGCACGAACCAGGUUACCCAGGAAAGUGCCACAGCAGAGUGCUGACCGCCCUGCAUUGCCAUCACGGGGAGCUGGUUGCCUUUGUUAAGACCAUGCUCCAUCAAGCCCCCAAAACACUCACUUUGUAACUUUGGGAAAAUCACUAUUAGCCUGUGAUUCUUCUCCACUAGCAGAAAACCGGAAGUGAUAGUACAGCCCAAGCUUUACAAUGGACACGAAAGAGAAGAGGUUUUGUAUUUCAUCUAGGUUUAAGCCUGGUUUCGUGUUCUACCAAGGAAAAACUCCAUAUAGCUUUAGAGAUAUUAAAACAGUGUGCAAAUGUAGGAGUUGCAUCUCCUCAGGGGCAAGUGCAGAGCUGUGAAAGGCUCAGCAUGAAACCAGGUGUAGUGAGCAUUCAGCUGUGGUAACUGUUCAGCAAAUCAGCCUUUACAGUUGAGAAUGUUAACAAGGGCAGCAUCUCAUCCAGUCCAGAUAAAGCCGAGCAGGAGGAGGAGACUAAUGGCCUCUGUGAUUGCAGAAGCGUUAGCGACGGGAACCUUUGGAAAAGAAGGGCAGAAAUACCAGGUUUGGGAAUUUGUACUAAAGCCCUUUCCUGACAGCUGCUGCUGAAGGUUUUUAGAAAGUGUAGUAAUUGAAUCGAGGGACGAACCCUUUAACAAGCUAGAUAAGUUAUUUAGACUGCCUAAAGCCUUUAAAAAUAAAUUGCUAUUCUGAAUUUAUUCGUGUUUUUUUUCAAUUGGCCUCUCACCCCAAUACUGGGAUUAAAUUUCUGUGUCUUCUGUUUGUUCUUUUUACAUCAUUCAUUAGUGUUAAUUCUUACCCACUCCGACAACACAUAAUUUACUUCUGAUAGAUUCUGGGAUGGAGUCUUACUGUGGUAGUCAGAAGGAAGGUUGGCACAUGAUGUCCGAGGGCAUUACCGCCCGGUAACUUCCGAGUUUUCUAGAUGUGCCUCCGAGAGCCAAAUCCAGAGAAGAGAGGCUUUAUAGAUAAGACAGAUGCCCGGCCAAUAGGGAUGCACCAAGUAUGCAGGCAGCCUGACAGCCGGUCUCAACCGCGUUACCUACCAUGGCCACUGAGAACCUUCCAGACUCAACAGAAAGCGACGGCCCAAGAGAAGAACUCGGGACUGAGAGUGAGCCGUUCUCAAACAAACACAGGUUGAGGAAUGCGUCCUGCAGCAGUUCAUCCCGGAGAGGGGACAGUGUACUUUCUUGGACCUUACUGAUUUUCUCCCUGUGGAUCAGAACAUGUUUGUCUGGCAACACAAAGCUUUUCCCCGUGAAGGAGAGGAGCCCAGUAUUUCAGUAUUUCCCCCCAAUGAAGGAGAGAAGCAGGGGUUGUGUGUGGGGGUGAGGUACACGCAAACUCCACCCGUUUCCUCCACAGUAGCCUGUUUCCUCCAGGACAGGUCUUGGGGCCAAGGGUCAGCUCGCUAGGGUUUUACGGUUCUGUUAGGGCGCAUGCGCAUGCGCAUGGGGGGUCUGCUGGCAGAAUUAAUGAGCCCUGAAGACACUAGCGUUCCCUAGCGCAGCAUUUGGAAGUGGGUUCCCCCACCCUCCUGCCUGCGUUGCAAUACUAGACUUCACAGUGACAUUUUCUCAUUUAUAUGCGAUGGCAGUGAUGUCUUAGAAUGUGGCUUUGAUUCUGGAGACAGACUGGUAUAUGACGACUCAGUGAGAAAAGUUCCCCUCUUCUAAGGAUGAAGAAGCAUCCGGAUUUAAACCCCCGGUUUUCUGUCAUGGAUAAUAGUCAGUGCGCAGGGGUGUGAAAGGGCUUUCGUGCACUGCCCAGACGAGGGUUGCUGGUGAUUGGCAGGGUCCUGACCCAAUCAAAUCAAAUGCGGUCUUGCUUCAGCGUCAGGCUGCUGCGGACCCGCCGGACAGAGUUUGUCUGUCUGUCUGUAUUCUCACCAUCACCUUUAAAUGGCCUGAGAAUAUUUUUGACAUGGAGGGGAAAGCUUGUGUAUCUUCUGUGUGGACUCUGUGUUCAGCCUGUGGCCGUCCCCUCCCCAUCCUUUAUAUGCCUCCUCCGGAUGCUGAGUGACUAGGAUGAGGGACCCUGGAUCCGUAUGCACUGGUCAGAAGUGUCACUUAAACACCUUCAGCUCAGUUGAACAGGAAGACUGAAUGCUCAGAUGCUAAUUUUAUUAAAUACAGUGGCUUUCCUUUUCUAAGAGAGGAGAGAGAGAGAGAGAGAGAGAGAGAGAGAGAGAGAGAGAGAGAGAGAGAGAGUGUGUGUGUGUGUGUGUGUGUGUGUGUGUUUUCAGACAGCUUUUGGGAAUCCGUUCUCACCUGCCACCUUGUUUGAGGCAUGACUGUGUCUGAGCUAUUGUUGUUUCUGUCUUUGCUCAUUCUAGUAUAGCCAGGCGGUCUGUGAGCUUCCAAGCAAUUCCCCAGCCUUCCAUGGGAGUGCUGGGAUCAUAGGUGCACACUCCCACAUCCAUUUUUACCUGGGUUCUGGGGAUCGAACUCAAGCCUGCCAGGCAACCACUUUGGCCUGCUGAGCUGUCUCCUGGCCCAGUAGCUUUUCUUGAUGGGAAAUAAAACGGACCCUUAUAAAAGGUCUGGAUAGUUGGUGGAGUGUAGUGCGCACCGUGGCAUCUAUUAGGGCUUCCUGUUUUGUUGUGAGUCCUUGCUGGCUUUGCAGUCUGGAGCGAUUAAUGAUGGCCUCAUUAUCUUUGCUGUUGUGCACAGAUACUUUCUGUUUAGUUGUCUAAGCUCAGGAGGACGUUUGAUAGGUUUUACAUGUUUUCUUGCGAACUGGAAGAAAACCAAACCUGCCAUCCAAAUGAUUGGCACAAGGAGUAGAUGACGUUUAUCUGGGUGUAAGGAGAGUUGUUGUCAGAUUGUAUGGGACGAGAUGUUCUGUGUUUCAGGAAAGCCCCCUUCUCAGAGGGCACACCUCAUGUUGGGUUUGGUUUUUUCAGUCAGUAUUAGCUGGUGGCACAAACACACCGUGUGUUUCUACUUGGCAUCCUGCACAUCCUAUGCAGUGUGGGAGGGAGGAGAAAAGCGUGUAGCUUUUAUGUGAAGAGGCAAGGCAGUUGGUACAGUUACCAUACCGUGACUAACAUGAAAGACUGGAUAAUAAGCUGUUGAUAUUCAGUGGCUGGGUUUAAAGGCAGUUCACAUAUGCGUGGGGUAGUCUCUCAAAAACCAAGGGCUUGGCAAGGAAGUUUGACACAACUGUAGGGAGUUCUAAAUUUUAAUCUGUGUGUGUGUGUGUGUGUGUGUGUGUGUGUGUGUGUGUGUGUGUAUUUUUGAGCAUGCAGGCAUACCAUACUGUGCCUAUGGAGGUCAGAGGACAACUGUCUGGGAAAGAGGAUCCUACCAGCCUACUUUUCUCCCUUAGCUAACUCUCCAGUCAGUUCCUGAAUGUCUAAAAUGUAUAUUUAUACUUAAUGUGUAUCUUACACAGUUUGAUAAAGUUGGGAUAAAGGAUCAUAAAUACAGGGCUGGGAGCUUGUAACUCUGAGGAACAGCACAGACCUGCUUGUCGAGCCUACCCUCUGUCGUAAGACCUUUUAUUUCAGUUAUCACGCUAACACCACUGAGCUCCUUGAGGGAAUGCAGGGUGUCCUCAUGAUCUCUGUGGGUCUCACCGUGUCUGUUCCCCAGAGACUCAUCCACAGGCCUAUGACAGGAGCACUUGGCCGGUCCAUCGGAAACCUGGUACAGCUAACUGUCUGACUGGCACACCAGCUAUGUGUGGGGUGUAUGUCUUCCAUUUCGAUGUUUUUGGAAACACAUUAGGAAAUCUGCUGUGUUGUGUUGUUAGUGCCUUGUGUGUAUGAACCAUGCAUGGCUUUCAUGUUUGGUAGCCCGUGGCACGGUGUGGGACUGUUGUAACCCUUGAAGCACACCAGUUAAACGCCGAGGGCGGUUCUUCUUAAAGAAGAGCCAGCGUGUGAGGCUGGAGAAAUGAGUCAGCUUUUAACCGCACUCCCUGCUCUGCAGAGGCCUCGGUUCCCAGCACCUGCAUCAAGCAGUUCACAGUCGUCUGUGACUUGCGCUCCAGAGGAUCCAGCACCCUCUUCUGGUCUUGCCCGCACUGCAUUCAUGUGCACACACACAUUUCAAACUUUUCAUAGUUUGAAAAGAAAGGACCUAUGUUUGGGCAUCAUUCCCUCCACCCUAGCAGGAACCAGAAACUCCUCUAGCCAAAGAGUUCAAAGUGCAGCAAAGUAAAGCCGCAGGGACUCGGGGUGCUUAGACUGCAGAGAGAAAAUGUGGGGCGUCUAAGGGCUGAGCUUGGUCACCUGUUCAGUUGUCACAGUCUGGGCAUGGAGCAUGGGGUGACAACUGGUUUUAGGAGUAAGAGGCCAGGGAUACAUCUCAACUGCUCUCGUGCUAAGGGGGAAAAAAACCUUGGAAUAGGGCAUGGAAAGGAUCGGGAGGCAGGAGGAUGCCGGAAGUGGUGUGACUGACUGGUGUGUCCACUGUCCCGCCCCUCACAACCCUCCCCCCUGCUUCUUCAGUACAGACAGCGUUGGACCUGAGCAGCUGCAUGUUAGACUGUACAAUGACUGUUGUGGUUACUAAAAUAGGAUGCUUGAAAAAUUCUUGGCUGAAUUUUCUUCACUUCUGUGCUUGCUCAAUUGAAAAAGCAUUAUCUCAAGAACAGGAAAUGUUCCUAGUAACCUCUUUUUCUCCCUUUUAUGUUUUUAAUAAGGGACCUCGAAAAUAAUUUUUUAUUAUAUUUACUCAUUUAUGUAUAUGUGUCUGUGGGAGGGGCAUGCAUGCCAUGGUGCACAUUUGGAAGUCAGAGGACAACUUUCAGGAGUCUGCCUUCUACCACGUCGGGUCCCUGGAGUCAGAAUCGGCACCAAGCCCUCUACCUGCUGGCUGGGAUUGUCAGCCCAGAAAAUGAGUUUCUCAAAAGGAGAUUAGUGUUCUACAGUCAGCCAAGAAAGGGGUCCACGAGUGGAGUGUCUGCGUGGCGGUUGGCGUGACGUUCUCUUGACCCGCUUCACUUUACUCAAAGCUCUGUAGGUCUAAGUGAACAUGAUUUUGUCAUGAUCACCCUGGGGUAAGAAGAUGGGGACAAACCAAGAGGGAAAACAGCAGCAACAGCAAAUAAGUUAGGAAGGAAGGGGUUGGAGCGAUUAAAAUAAGAUACUAAACAGAUCCUUCUGCCUCAUGCACCAAACAAAGGGGGUGUCCUUCAGGAAAGGGGAGGGGCGCCUUGCUGAGCUCCCUUGGCUCACUGGUCCCUCUCAGGUUUUAGUUAUGCAGACUCUAAAGUUAUGCAGACCUUCUAGGAUUCCCACUGGGAUGAAGGGAAUUGCUGUCUGGCUGGUUGAGGGUUCCGCCCCUCCUUCUGAUUUCCAUCCUAAGGACCCACAGCUUAGACACAGGAGAAAUAGUGGUCGCAAAGCAAACGACAGCGUUGGCCAUUCCCCUUCCCUUGCACGUGUGUGUUCCAUGGUAGACAAAUAGCCCAGAAAGUGCCCCGUGCCAGUCUGCAGUGUACUCACUGUACGGCCAUACUUCCUCCCCUCUCUCCCCACCUCCCCACGGUGCCAUCCCUGGUCCUGGGAAGGCUCUUCAGUCUUGUUUCCUUUUCUUCUCUGCUCCUGGAUCAGUGGUGAGCCCUUUAAGAAUUUGUUACUUAUGGAUUAGUGGGCACUAAGACUGCCCAGGAAUUGAGCAGGUACUGGGGGGGUUCCCAGCCUUCCUGAGCACAACAUUGGGGCUUCUGAUGGUGGGGCUUAACAGUAAGGACUGAGAGACAGAAAGGCCUAGCCUGGGGGACAGGCAGGCCUUUUGGUCUCAAGCUUGGUUUUUCUAAAUAUAGUGAAAACAGCCUCUGUUAGCUCUUAGAAGGAACUGCCUCCUGACCGGACAAAAGCUUCAUGGCUACGCGUGAUGGCGUUUGGAAGGUGUGGCAUUAAUUAUGUGGGAGUGGGGGAGUGGGAGACGGAACUCUGGCUGCUCUCUCACUGUUUCAGUGGCUCUCCAGAGUUCGUCCUGCAGUUAGUGUUCCCAGCUCACAGGUUUGCUCUAGAGAAGGAGCAGAGACAGUUUGCUGUGAAGAUGUUCAGGUAAUUGAGAACAUUUUUCCCUCUUUUCUUGGUAUUAAUGCCAGGCGCCGAGACUCUUAUUCUUGAUGAACUAUUGACUGAAAGAGGAUUUAAUGGGGAACAAACUUACUUUUUUUUUUACAAUAGGAUACCAUUUUGUAAAAUUGAAUUUUUGAUCCUUUAGCCGAACUACUUAAUAAAAGAAUUCAUCUGUAUCUGUGUUCCAUUUAUCUAGGCAAGAUCGAGGGACAGGGAUGCAGUGUUCUCUGCAAAUGUAAAAGCCUGUUGCAGCACCUGUUGGUCACAAUGCUGUGGCGUUUAGAUGCUACAGAGAACGAACCUCUUACCUACUUUCAGCUUGUAUUGUUGGGGUUUAAACAUGAAAACAAGAAUCUGGUAAAAGAAGUGGUUAGCCCCUGCACUGGACGCUCCCUACAGGUGCUAACUGGGUCUUCCCUGAAGCAGAAGGAACAGUAUUUCCUACCUUUCCGAACCGAAGACCAAGAAGCUAGAGAAUCUAUGUAAAUAAACUGAAAUCUCUGUUGGCUUUGCACCCCCAGCCCGGAGCCGUCACUUUUCCUGGUCUGAGGAGCGUGUAGACCUCGGCCAGCCGCUAUGAAUGUGACCAGCUUGUUUUCAUUCACAAGCCCAGCUGUGAAGAGACUCCUUGGGUGGAAACAGGGCGACGAAGAAGAGAAAUGGGCGGAGAAGGCUGUGGACGCUUUGGUGAAGAAACUGAAGAAGAAGAAAGGGGCCAUGGAAGAGCUGGAGAAGGCCCUGAGCUGCCCCGGGCAGCCGAGUAACUGUGUCACCAUUCCUCGCUCCCUGGAUGGCAGGUUGCAGGUGUCCCACCGGAAGGGACUGCCUCAUGUCAUUUAUUGCCGCGUGUGGCGCUGGCCCGACCUCCAGAGCCAUCAUGAACUAAAGCCUCUGGAAUGCUGCGAGUUCCCAUUUGGUUCCAAGCAGAAGGAAGUCUGCAUCAAUCCCUACCACUAUAAGCGAGUGGAGAGCCCCGUUCUCCCACCGGUGCUGGUUCCGAGGCACAGCGAGUACAACCCUCAGCACAGCCUUCUGGCUCAGUUCCGAAACCUGGGACAAAAUGAGCCCCACAUGCCACUGAAUGCCACGUUCCCCGACUCCUUCCAGCAGCCACACAGCCACCCGUUUCCCCAGUCCCCCAACAGCAGCUACCCCAACUCUCCUGGCAGCAGCAGCAGCACCUACCCUCACUCCCCGACCAGCUCAGACCCGGGCAGCCCUUUUCAGAUGCCAGCCGACACACCCCCGCCUGCUUACCUGCCUCCUGAAGACCCCAUGGCCCAGGAUGGCUCUCAGCCUAUGGACACGAACAUGACGAACAUGACGGCACCGACACUGCCCGCGGAGAUCAAUAGAGGAGAUGUUCAAGCAGUUGCUUACGAGGAACCAAAACACUGGUGCUCUAUUGUGUACUAUGAGCUCAACAACCGUGUGGGCGAAGCGUUCCAUGCCUCCUCCACCAGCGUGUUGGUGGAUGGUUUCACCGAUCCUUCCAACAAUAAGAACCGAUUCUGCCUUGGGCUGCUCUCCAAUGUUAACCGGAACUCCACUAUUGAAAAUACCAGGCGACACAUCGGGAAAGGAGUCCACCUUUAUUACGUCGGAGGAGAGGUGUAUGCGGAGUGCCUCAGUGACAGCAGCAUCUUCGUGCAGAGUCGGAACUGCAACUACCACCAUGGCUUUCAUCCCACCACGGUCUGCAAGAUCCCCAGCGGGUGCAGCUUGAAAAUCUUCAACAACCAAGAGUUCGCUCAGCUACUGGCGCAGUCUGUGAACCAUGGGUUCGAGACAGUGUAUGAACUCACCAAAAUGUGCACUAUUCGAAUGAGCUUCGUGAAGGGCUGGGGAGCAGAGUACCACCGGCAGGAUGUCACUAGCACCCCCUGCUGGAUUGAGAUACACCUGCAUGGCCCUCUCCAGUGGCUGGAUAAAGUCCUUACCCAGAUGGGUUCGCCCCACAACCCUAUUUCGUCGGUGUCUUAAAGGGCCCUCGGCUUCUGUCUCUUGCAAACUAUUGGGCCUUGCAUGUACUUGAAGGACGGAGAAGUCAGACAGGAUGGGGAGCUGUAAAGGAGCCGUGAUACUUGACCUCUGUGACCAACCGUUGGAUGGAGAAGCUGACAGGCCUUGGUAACAAGCUGUUGAUAUCAAGAACCCGCUUAGUUUACAUUGUGACAUUCUGUUGUAAAAUCAACUAAAAUGCUGACUUUUAGCAGGACUUUGUGAAUAGUUAGAAAAGAGAUGGCCAAGCCAGGGGCAAAUUAUCUAUUAGGAAAAAAGCAAAAAAAAAGGCCCUAAGCAAUCCUUUUGUGUGGGGUGUUGGCAGAAGGUUGGCGCCGAUCAUCUUUAUGGAGUGGGCUCUCAUCAGGCUCGGAGCCCACGCUGAUCAUCCUCUCAUGGGUUUUCUUAAUAUUUUAAAACUAUUUGUUUAGAAAUGAAUGGGUUUUUUUGUUUGUUUUAAAGUAAAGGUUAAUUGUUAUGCCAUGCGUAGUAACCUUUCUGAAGCUGUAUGCUGACUGUAUUGCUGUCAGGAUGACGUCAGGCAUAUGCCCUUUGCUAAAUAUGUAUAUACAGAAUACUUGGAGGUUAUGAAUAGUCCAAAUGGCUAGUGGGUCUACACAGUAUCUGAGGGGCGGGGUCGGGGAGGAAAAACGACAGCUGCAAAUGUAGACAUUGCCGUAAAGCCCAGCCUGUUGCCUUAAACGGACAAGCUGGUGUCGGACUUUGCUGUGUUUCAGGUUUUUUAGAGUUUUACCUGGCUUUUCUUCCUUUCUUUUCUGCUGUCUCAUCCGCUCCACAAUGCAGUUAAGCAGCUGGUUAAUUCCUCUAACUGUAAGGGCAAAUGAGUAAUUCCUUCUGUUCGCAAACGGACUGGCUCUGCGUCCCAGUUCCCGGAACAUGAAAAGCGUGGAUUUAACGAGCAGUUCUUAUGGCGUUUACAAUACAGACAUAGGCUUUGAUUUUUCAAAUAAAUUGUUUGCCAAACCUGGUAACUCUGUUCAUUAUUCGCAGGUUUGAAGAAGAUCUCUAUCAGAAUCCAUUUCAAAGUUUUUUUUUUUUUAAUUUUGUUUCAUUUUUUUUGUACUAUUUGGUUUUCUUCUGUUGAAGUUUUCUAUUCUCCUUUUCUCUUAUACAGCGAGUUCUUUUAUUCCAACACUAGCAGGGUUUUUCUCUACUGGAAAUUUUUAAAUAAAACCUGUCAUUAUUGCUUACUUUGAUUAAAAA